UUCAUGAGCACUCGGAUUUUAAGGACUCGGGCUGCAGAACUCCACUUCCUCAAACUGCAGACAGUUUGUUUUGGUUCCUUGGAUCUGCAAGGGGUGCAGCUCUUGGGCUCCGGUCCGGCCGAAGGGGGGAGACCAUGGUGUUUGAGGACAUCAAGUUCAACGAUAUCCUGUUUGAGGCGUCUGUCGGCAGAGGAACAUUUGGAGUGGUCUUCAAAGCUGUGUGGAGAGGAAAAGAUGUGGCCAUCAAGACCAUCGAGAGCGACGCAGAGAGGAACGCCUUUCUGGUGGAGCUCCGCCAGCUGUCCCGCGUCAGCCAUCCCAACAUAGUGAAGUUGUAUGGCUCCUGUCAAGACCCGGUGUGUCUGGUGAUGGAGUACGCAGAGUGUGGCUCUUUAUACAACCUCCUUCACAGCGCCGACCCGCUGCCUCACUACACAGCCGCCCACGCCAUGAGCUGGUGUCUGCAGUGCGCGCACGGCGUCGCCUACCUGCACGCCAUGAAGCCUAAAGCUCUGAUCCACAGAGACCUCAAACCGCCAAAUCUGUUGCUUGUAGCUCGCGGAACGGUGCUGAAGAUCUGCGACUUCGGGACAGCUUGUGACAUUCAGACCUACAUGACCAACAACAAAGGCAGUGCAGCCUGGAUGGCUCCGGAGGUGUUUGAAGGGAGCAACUACAGCGAGAAGUGCGACGUGUUCAGCUGGAGCAUCAUCCUGUGGGAGGUCAUCACUCGCAGGAAGCCCUUUGAGGAGAUCGGCGGCUCGGCGUUCUGCAUCAUGUGGGCUGUGCACAGAGGCACUCGUCCACCUCUGAUCAAAGACCUCCCUGAACCCAUCGAGACCCUAAUGACCCGCUGCUGGGACAAAGAGCCCAGCCAGAGACCGUCUAUGAGCGAGGUCCAGGACACCAUGAGCAGCUUGAUGAAGUAUUUCCCAGGCUCUGAUGAACCCCUCGAUCUUCCUCACCACCCUUCAUCCACCAGAAGUGACCCCUCUUCAGCAUCAAGCACAGACUCUUGUGCCGAGGGAACCCUUAACAGUAAUCGCAGCGACGACACCAGACACGCACCUGGAGCUGAUGGUGAGGAGACUCCGCCGAACUCUGAGAACAGAACCCCGCUGCAGGUCAGAACCCCUAAGACUCCUUUAUGGUGGUCCGCUAUGUCCAGGGCCUCCAGCUUGGAGAAUCAAAGCCCCGCCUACGUCGGCCCUAGCAGGGAGUCAGUGCCUUCAGGUCCUGAGGAGGACAGUCCGGUUCCCUCGGUGUACCUGAAACUGGAUCACCACUUACAGCCUCUGGCUCCUUGUCCCAACUCCCGGGAGUCCAUGGCUGUUUUUGAGGAGCACAUCCGAAUGGCUCAGGAGUAUCUGAGAGUCCAGUCCGAGAUCGCUCACCUGCUGAACAGAAAAGAGGAGCUCGUUGUGGAGCUGGAGCAGGAGCAGAAGGAGCAGCAGACCUCCUCCCGUCUCGUGCAGGAACACAGCAAGCUGCUGGAGGACAACAGCAGCUUGGUGACCGUCUGCCAGGACCUGAGGAGCAAGCUGAGUCUGAUCCAGAGUCAGAACCAGCCCUACAGCUGAGACUGAGAACCCCUGCACGAUGCUGCUUCUCAUUCUGCUCCAUGAACUUCUGUCAGAUGUAACAUAUUAGGGCCACAUCAUCCUGGACCUGUUUUUUUUUUUUGUUGCUCACUGCUUCAUAUACCAAACCUAGCAGUCUGUAACGGAGCCGAUCCGGAGUGAAACGGAUCCUGAGGUGAAGCGCUGACAUUCACGGUGAGGUCUGAGGCACUGAUGUCACUGUCAGCCCUCCUCGCUCAGCAAAAAGAUAAACCUUCAGAUGAGCUAAAGAACCGCAGAGUGAAAACCAGAAGACAUGUGAGCACUGAUUUUACUAAAGUUCCCCCCACUGAACUGCUUAGAUUAUCUACUUUGACCUUUCUAUUUUUAUACUCUGAACUUUUUACGACACUAAAAACUGACUGCUUUGAGUGAGCCGAUGAAAGACGAAAAAAAAAAGAACGUUUUCCGUUACCGAAUGUUUAACAAUUGACGUUGUGAAAUAAAUUUUAUGCACCAAACUGUU